AAUAGGCAGCAGGAAGCACCAGCAGCAGAGCGCAGAGAAGCUGUGCAGAGCUCACCUCUCCUGCCCGGAGCACGGUCACCUCCAGCCCAUCCUCUGCCAGACUCAGCAGCAAAAUGCAGCAGCUGUAUCUUCUCUGCCUCAGUCUCCUGGUGCUUGGACGUGUCCUGGAUGUGCACGGCGGGAACAACGUCCUCGACUGCUGUCUGCGGACGAGCGAGAAGCCAAUUCCCCGGCGGAUAGUGCAGGAUUAUCAGCUCCAGCUGGUGCAGGAUGGCUGCGACAUCCCAGCUACUGUGUUCAUCACCACAAAGGGCAAGCGCCUCUGUGCCCCGCUCCAAGCACCGUGGGUGGUUCGCCUCCAAGAGAAGCUGGAUGCCAGCUCUGCCAGGAAGGCCAAACCCCAGGGCAAGUAGGCUCCGAAGAAGCCCAUGGCCUGCCCCAGCACCUGGAGUGGGGCCGGAUCCCAGCUGUGAACCUGAAGCUAAUGAAGCCAACCUGCUUCCACCUCCAUCUGCAGGGCUGACCCUCCUCGGGACUCGUGCCAGCGCACAGGGCUGGGCAGAGCCCUGCCUGCUCUCUCUUGCUCCCUCUGUCUCCAUUAUGACCCAGCAACCUGCAUCAGGCUGAGCUGGGGGCUGCUGGACCAGAGCCGUGGCUGCCUUUGCAGCCUGGAAGCUGGUUCAUAAACUUUUUUUUUGAGAUAAGUUCGGGGAUCCCAGCCUUCCCUUUGGUGCAGCAGCUGUGACCUCCAGCACCAGUCUGAUCCCUUUGGUUUCCAUUGUCAGCCCCAAAGCUUCUGCAGUCCUUCUGCAUCCCUGGGAUGGGCUGCCAGGAUGGGACAGUAUGCAGAUGGAGGGGAUGGAUGGAGAUGUUCCUUGCUGGCCAUGCACUGUGCUACUCCCUCGCUGAGCACAACCUAGGUGCUCUCGGGCAGAACGUGGCCGAUGCUCCGCUGUCAUGCCCUGACUUCCCUGCACUGUUUCCCCUCCUGCCCUUCCUUGCAUGGGUAGAAAUAGAGCCAGUAAUGCGAUGGUGGCAGAGCGGGCAGUGAUGUUGCCUUUGGCCCUUGCACUCCUCAGGGUCACUGCCCCCCUUCUUGGUCCUCCAGCCUGCCACCGAGUUCAAAGCCUGCCCCGCUCUCCUGCCUGGGCAGGGAUACACGAGCAGUGUUCACGCUGUUCUCAGAUAUUUGCUGCUAGAUCUGUUCAAUGCAACAAUUACGGGUGCAAGUUGCUUCUUUUCUCUUUUUUAUUGUGCUGUGAUUUUGUUAAAUAAAAAGAAAA